AUGCCCAGAAACCAGAAUCAUGUUUUUGGAGGGAAACAGGAGUGGAAGAAUGGAGGGGUGAUUUGCGAUAAGCAGCUACCACAAACAGCUAACCCUCCAGUCUCUCUCCAUCUUGCACUGAAACAGGGACAGCCACAGGACUAUGGCUUGUGUAUACACUGCUAUGAAAAAGAUGGUCACGAACACAAGAUGGACAAGUUGGGCUUGGAUCUGGAUGACAGUCCAGGUGAUUCAGGAAAGCAGCAGAAUCCCCAGGAGUCACUGGUGCAUGCUUGUCAGUGCAAAGAUGCAAACUGUCGCCUCCCUAGCUGGCAGAAAAUGAAGCGUGUGGUGGCACACACAAAAGGCUGCAAAAGAAAGACUGAUGGGGGCUGUCCUAUUUGUAAACAGCUUAGUGCACUCUGUUGUUGUCAUGCCCAUCAUUGCGAGGAAACAAAGUGCCCUGUGCCAUUCUGUUUGGAUAUCAAACAAAAACUAAAAGUACAAAAACUUCAGCAAAGACUACAACAAGCUCAGAUGAUGAGAAGAAGAAAGGCCUUAAUGAACAUUGCACUAUCCACAAUGCAGCAGUCCAUAAGUCAGACUCCAAGUAUUCAGCCCGCCCCAGCCCCUAUACCUCAAACCACUUACAAUGGAUCAGGGGAAGACCAUAUCAAAUACAUAAUACUACAACAACAACGACUUCAUCAAAGACAGCAACAAGCUCAGAUGAUGACAUCCACAAAGCAGCCCGUAAGUCAGACUCAAAGUAUUCAUCCCGCCCGAGUCCUUAUACCUCAAACCACUUACAAUGGAUCAGGGGGAGGCAAACCAAGUGGCCCUCCCCCUCAACAGCCACAGCCAGGACAGCAGCAACAGCAGCAGCAGGGAUUGCCUUCAAUAAAUCGCUGGUCGAUGUACAAUGUGAAUCCAGGGGCGCGACAGCCACAACCAGGCCCCAUGCAGCAGGGAGCUCAAGGAGGAAUGAUGCAUCCUCAAAACCCCAACAUGCAGGGGCAAGCAGGGCUCACACAAAACCCACAGAGAUCUGCUUUGCAGAAACUUUUAGAGACGGUGAAGUUGCCGACGUCGCCGCAACAGCAGCAGCAGGUGCUGGCCAUACUGAAAUCAAACCCUCAACUUAAGGCUGCUGUCUUAAUGCAGCUUGCCCAGUGGCAGCAACAACAACAACAGCAGCAGCAGCAGCAACAGCAGCAGCAAAUGCAAAUGAUGUUUGGAGGUCAGUGCCUGCAGCAACAACAACAACAGCAUAUUCCAUCUGCUUUUAUCAAGCAAAGUACUAAAGAUCAGAAACUACCAGGGGUCUCUGCGGCCUGCAGUCAUCCAGAGCAUAGUCCACCCCUCAGUACUUCCCAAGAAAAAGCCCAUGCUUUUGGAGUUCCUGUACAUAUUCUGACCAGUCUUUCUCUGUCCAUGUCAUUGCUGUUGCUGUUCAGCACAUGGUGUUUGCCCCAUAACUGCCAAACGGUUAAGAAUAAGAAACGCUGGAGUCAAGUGAUGUACAUGUCCUAUGUGUUGGAUUUCCUAAUGAAAGCUCAUUCAGAUGCCACUGACCAAGACACGUUCAUUCUUACCACCGAUGCUGAUGUUAAGUUUUCUCCGGAGUCUGUGGAAUCCCUUAUGGACAACAUGAUACGCGACAACACAGUGGGUGCUGUGUGCGCACGCACUCACCCCAUGGGCUCUGGACCCGUUGUAUGGUACCAAAUAUUUGACUACGCCAUAGGGCACUGGUUUCAGAAAGCCGCCAAUGACGUCCUCGGGUCAGUGCUGUGCUGCCCAGGCUGCUUCAGUGUGUACAGAGUGGCUGCACUGCGAGACGUCUUACCUCUCUACGCCUCUAAAGUGACCAAGGCCGAAGAGUUCUUGACCAAAGACAUGGGAGAGGACAGGUGGUUGUGUACUCUCAUGGUGCAAGCUGGCUGGCGUCUAGAAUACUCUGCCGCUGCUCACGAUGAAACGUUCUGUCCUGAAGAAUUUGACGAGUUUUUCAAGCAGAGAAGACGCUGGAUUCCCUCAACUCUGGCCAAUCAGUUCCUCAUUAUGAAGGAGUGGGUUUAUAUCAGCAAGUUCAACAAUCACAUCCGCAUGUUCUUUGCUCUCUACCAGGCUUUUCUGAUCGUUUCAACUCUGCUAGGACCAGGGACAGUUAUAAUGAUCAUAGCAGGCGGGCUGAACUACUCUUUAUGUGUCUCAACAACUGCAAUGACAAUCCUACUGUUGAUUAUCACUGUGGGUUACGCCGCAAUCUGCCUUACCACUUCACAAGAUACACAACUAAUGGUUGCCAAAGUGAUGACAUUUGUGUUUGCACUGGUAAUGGCCGCAGUCACCGUGGGGACAGCGGUGCAGAUAGGAGAGGACAUUGGACGCUCUUUCAACUUGACUGGCAAUACCUCUGACUACAAACAUUGUGAUGAACCCUUACCACCACUGGAGCAUGGUGGGUUGCCUUUGUCUACAACAUCAUUGUACUUCAUGGGUAUAGUUGGGAUCUUCCUAGUGGCAGGAUUAAUGCACCUCACCGAGUCCUAUGCUCUGCUACAUGGCGUAUGGUAUCUUCUGUGUCUACCAUCCGGGUAUCUCCUUCUGAUGAUCUACAGUAUUUGUAAUAUUACAGACAGGUCAUGGGGUACUCGAGAGGAAAAAAAGGAGAGCACCAAGGUUAUAAGGAGCCACAAGACGUGGAAGGACAGGGCAAUACAGAUCUAUAAGGGUUUCCUAUGUUGUUGCUUCUAUCCACAACGGGACAUUGUUACAAGAAAAGAGAUGGUGGACGCGGAAGUUCAGACGACUGCUAACUUGCAGCAGCAAAUGUCACAAGAAGCGUUUUCUAGUUUGACAUCCAUUGACGAAACGAGGUCAUCCACAUACAUGUUCACGUCGUAUACGGAGCAGGGAAAUGGAGGGCAAGGAAGAACGGAGGAAGAGGAGUUAUACAGACAGAGUCUCAGAAAUGUAGAGGGCAGUUUUCGUCACCCUGGUGAAUCGCGCCAUGGUACGACACAGGACGACGAUGAAGCCAUACCGGUAGAAAAGUGGCUAGAUAAGGAAUUAAGAAAGUACAGCGAGAAGUUUAUUGAACAAGGCUUUGAGAAUACCAAUUUUAUUGCUGGUAUGACAGAGAAAGAGUUGGAGGCGUGUGGCGUCACGGUGAAGGCUCAUCGCAAGGCAAUUCUGGAGCAAAUUAGGCAGCUGCCAGAUUAUGAAAUAGAAGCUUCCAUACCGAAAGACUCGUUAGACUGGUUGACUACUCUCGGACUGACCCAGUAUCACAAAUACUUCAAAAGAAACAGAAUUAUACACCGCAAAGAUUUUGAAAUUUUAAAGGGAAUGUCACAGGAAGAAAUUAAAAAGGACUUGCAUGUGCAGAAGCCAGGUCACUUGAAAUUCCUCCUUAAAGCUAUCAAAAAACUAAGGUGGCCGACUGAAGAGGAGUUGCGUAUUCAAGAUGCUCGCUUGCAGUUUGAUAACAUCAACUUAUUCGACAUGCGCGCUAUCAACAAAGCGGAACACGAUUUUUGGUGCAGUCUCAGGAAAAGAUGUCUCUUACCCGAGUCCAAGAUUUUUGGGACAGAGGAUGAAUUAAAAGCCAAACUCGUUGAUCUGAGGAACGGGUACCUCAUGAUAUUUGCUGUAGUCAAUAGUUUGUGGCUGAUCUUCAUCAUGCUGCUGACCAAUCAAAAGGUUUUGUUUUUACUCGGAUCAAAUCCUUUAGGCUUAGCCUUUCUGUUCGUUUUCGGCUUCGUUCUGAUUAUUCAGUUCCUGGCAAUGAUUGUACACCGGUUUGCUGCGUGGAUGCACAUGAUUGCGCGUGCCCCGUACAAGUUCGGGCAGCCCUAUCACACAAACUGGGCGUUCAAUCCCCAAGAGGAGGAUUUCAUCGACCGUCGAAUCGCACAGGAGGGCCAAGAACGGGCUCGGCGAAGGACCGAAGACAAUAUAGAAGUACGCGGCAAGAAAAAGCAGGUACGAAUGCUACCUGUCUCUGAGGUGGAAACUAGCUUCAAAGCUGGCGACAAUCCAGACAUCAAUACGCCAUUGUUGAGGGAAUCACGGAAAAGCACUUCUUACGUGACAUAAAGGCCUUUCUUUAGCUUCCAAAUCCUGACCACUCGAAAUAUUUUACCAAUAUACACCAUGACUACAUGGAAUUGAAUAUUGUCGUGUAUGUGAUUUCAGGCCAUGGCACAGAGUAUUUAUAUACUGUAUAGCGGGUCACCAUCUUUUAUACAUGUUUCACAAUUUUACAAUUGAUAAAGCGAAGUCAUACACUGCAACUGUAAUAUUUUUCUUAUCUUUAUUUACUCUGAAAUUUUUUUUAUGUCAUUUAUUUCUUUUAUUGUCAUUGAAUAUAUUAUUAUAAUUGUACAUAAACUACAUUCUUUCCUUUAUCAUUUUUCUACAUAGUGAUCCUAAUCACUCUAAUUCUAAUUUUUAAAGGUAAUAAUAGUAUGCUUUUGUUCUCACCAAUUUACUUGAAUAACGCCAUUUUUAUAAGAUGUGCCAAUUGCAAUUGAUAUAUUUUGCUUAUAUUUUUGCUGAAAUGACAGUUUAAUAUGCUAGAUUAUUAAUAUUGAACAAGAAGAAGAUGAACUUAGAGUUAAACUGUUGGAAUUUUCUGCAAUAAAACACUAAAUCUUACGUAAUUUCACUGCCAUUUAAAAAGAAAUGUAUUUUAUACUUUUGGGUGAUGACGAUGUCAGGUCAGCUGUGGGAUUGAAUAAAAUGGUUACGUAACUGUGUGAUCACCCAUUGUGGUUAGCGGAGGUGGGGAGGGGGAGUCACAACCUGAAAUUAAGGUUCCCUUUUUAAUAUUUAUUUUUAAUAUUGUUAUUGUAAUUCUAAAUUAUUGAGUACACUGAAGCCGUAACUAGUUAGUGAAUCGUAUUGUGUUAAUAAUGUUAUGAACUCUUUUUCAAAUGCUGGCAUUAAUAUUAUGUUAUUUCGAUCUUAUUUCCAAAUUGCAUAGAGUGAUAGAAGCGGUUAAACCUGUGCGUAUAAUUCCAUGUUCAGAAAUAAAUUUCAUGUUAUCUUACACAAGUUUUCAUGAAAACCUUUACUGUUAUCAAAACAGAUCAGACUGUCAACUUCACUGAUACCUACUUUACAAAGGUAUUUUAGUAGGAAAUGGGACUUUUUAAAGUAUGUUUCAGUCAUAUCAACAGAAAUGGAAAUUAUUUGGUAUUUCAUCUAACAGUCAAAUAUGUUUAUUCUGCAAUCCAAGGCAACGACCCAAAAUACUAUUUCACCAUCUUUAACCGCUAGUGGUAAUGUACGAAAUACAUAGGCCUACAUGUAUAUGUACACCGACAAUGUGUGGACGUUAUAUCAUAUUAAUAAAUAUUAACA